CCGCCACUCCCAAAUUGUAACAACCCCACGAUUAGAGGAGGAGGCGAAAAAAUGUGACUCGUGUUUUUACCUUUAAUCGGAACGGAACGAGGGUUUCCCCUUUUCCUCAUUUUCCGCUCCUUUAAGUUUCUUUUGGGAUGUGCAAAGAGGAACGAAUAAGGAAAAACACGGUGGUUCCGAGUCGUCUGCUCGAUCGCAAGAAGACUCCCCGAUCCAGUGUCUUUGCCAUUUUUGGUGGGUGGGUGGCUGCGACGGCGACGAUGGUGAGGGGGAAGACGCAGCUGAAGCGGAUAGAGAACGCGACCAGCCGGCAGGUGACCUUCUCCAAGCGGAGAAACGGGUUGCUGAAGAAGGCCUUGGAGCUGUCGGUGCUCUGCGACGCCGAGAUCGGCCUCAUCAUCUUCUCCGCCCGCGGGAAGCUCUACGAGUUCGCCAGCUCCAGCAUGCGAGAUACUAUUGAGCGCUAUCAAGCACAUGCGAAACAAUGUAACAGCAGCAGUGCCAUAGAACAUGAGAAUCAGCCAUCAAGACAAGAAGCUGCAAGCUUGUUUACGAAGAUUGAACAUCUUGAAGCCUCUAAAAGGAAGAUCUUAGGUGAGAAUUUGGAGUCAUCUUCCAUUGAAGAACUGGGUGAAUUGGAGAUCAAGCUAGAACAAAGCCUACGCAAAAUUAGAGGAAAGAAGUAUCAAUUGCUAGAGGAGGAGCUCGUGCAGCUUCAACAGAAGGAGAACACCCUAGCGGAGGAGAACACAUUACUACGAGAAAAGUUACAACAUAAGCUACCAUCUGCUGCUUCCAAGGAAGUUGUUCCAUACGACAUAUCUGGUGAAUAUGCCGAGGUUGAGACAGAGCUUUGCAUUGGAUGUCCAGGAAGAGGAAGGAGAAGCGGCACAUUGCAACGUUGAUUGCUGAUUGCUAAUGCCUUUCGCCCGUGCAAGUUGUAGAUAUAGCAGUAUAUGUUCUGGUGGCUACAGACAAUAAGUGACUGUCGUUCCCCAAAGAAAAGCGAAGGAAAGAAAAGACGACCGGGGGGACAGAUUGAAUAAAUUCGAAGAAGAAAAGAUGAUGAGGAUUGGUCGUAAGAUUUUUUUUUUUUUUUGGUAGAGAUUAAGCUACAUUUCCACAGCCACCUUUCCAAUGUAAUCAUGGUUCAUUCCCGGGUACUAUCAAUUUAGUGAAGGGAAGCGUCAGAUGACGAACUAAGACG